CCCAGGUUGUCCACAUUCCUCUAUAUAUUGUAAUGAUCAAGAAUGCCUCCGGAUGGCAGCGCACUACACGCAUAUAGCCCGGCUCGCCCAAAAUCGGCUCGCUCGACGUCCCAAGUCUCCACCAUAUCGGUCGCAGCCCAGACCACGGCGCCUUCGCAAUUCGGUCACGACGCCCGUGGCACUUUCGAUAUUCCCAAUCCCGCCGUCCGAAACCCGACAACUCACGCCAAAGACUCGUCCGGUCGCACGUCUUCGCUGAUCGGUCAUUCAGAUGAUACGGUCGAUUUCCGUUCCGGCUCACAGGGAUCUCUUGGUCGCGGCAUCGACACCAGCGCGAUCAAUAUAUCCAGCAGUUCGUCCUCCAGGUAUGAGAAUAAUGGGAUUCCUGUGAUGGAUAUAGAAGAUGUUAGAGGAGAUGUGAAUGUACCGCCGGGGGACGCCCGAAAAGGAUUGAUGGAGAUAGUCAGAAGAGAUGCUCUUGGAGAGGGCGCGAAAAGUCUGUCGAGGCCCGUCAGACUUAAUAAAGGGAACUAUAUCUCUUUACAGGGACCGACAACUGCAUGUUAUCAGCCGCGACAGUACUAUGUCUUGACCAAUGCUGGCAAGCCCGUCUACUAUUCCGAGGGAGAAGUCUCAAACGAUGCUGUGAUCAACCUGAUGGGCGUUGCCCAAGCACUCAUCUCAAUUGUCGCGGAAGAUGGUGACCGCAUGAGGUGCAUACUGAAAGGGCGUCAUCAAAUUGCAUUCCUGUUGAAAUCACCUCUGUAUCUGUUUUGUGUUAGCGAUUGGGGAGAGCCGGAGCAUGUUUUGCGAUCUCACCUUGAAUAUAUCCACCUACACAUCUUGUCCGUUGUCACCUCGACUCAACUGACUCGAGCGUUUCAACGCAGGAGCAACUUUGACCUUUCCAAGUUACUGGAUGGAACCAGCCACUUCCUCACAAACCUAAUCACAGCUGCGCAAAAUGAUUUUACUUACUUGACAUCCACCCUCCAACCGCUCAGGAUGCCACCUGCAAUCCGAGACACCUGUGCCGCAGCUCUGAUGCCACCCUCCAAGUUUAGAGACCUACUAUAUGUUCUUCUCAUUGCAAAUAACCAUAUUGUCACUGUCUUGCGGCCUCGAAAACAUUCAAUACAUCCAUCUGAUCUACAUUUGCUGCUCAACACACUUGCAUCCUCAUCUACUCUGCGAAGCACGGAAACAUGGUUCCCAAUGUGUUUUCCAAAAUUUAACCCAGCAGGAUUUGUUCAUUCCUACAUCAAUUUCAUGACAGAAGAUAUUGGUCUGGUCUUUGUCAGUGCAGACCAAGAGGCCUUUGAGGACCUACAAAAAUGGAAAGACCUUGUGGUGGAAAAACUACAACACAAUGGACUUCUUGCCCAAAUCCAGGAUGCUAUCCCUUCCCACCCAUACACCAUCUCCACUGUUGGUUGCCCUGGGUUGCUGCAUUUUGUAUACAAGUCUCGCCAGCAUAUACAGAUCACUCAGCCCACAUGGGAGGCACCAUAUAACAAUGACUCAAUAGAUCAUAAGCGGUAAGAGAGACUUGAUUUGACAACCCCAGAAGCUGAAUCUGCUGCAAAGACUUGUGACAAUGUACCAGACCCUUCAUGACACUAUACAUUCUCGCUCUGGUCAAGACAUGCCUGUCAAGUUAGUCUGCAUCCAGUCAGAUCAUGAGAAGUGUCUUGCAUGGGCCACAAAACCUUUUGAGCUCUACAUGACAGUGUCACCUCAGCUUUCCAACUCAGCAUUGGUGGCUACAGCAAACAAGGUUGCAAGAUGGGUAUUGUCAGAUGAGAAUCAAAUAUUCUUGAAGGAUGCCCCAGUAUUCUAGAGGGCAUGCAUUUAUGUAUUCAAUUUAUGUGUACACAUA